CGUCACAUGUCUUGGCACGCUGCGGCUCUCGAGUAUAAAAGGCCGGCCAGGGUCCAGGCGACCCGGCGGACAGACCUGUCCUAUUUGCCCAAUGCUUUUGUCUGCGCUCGAUUUAUUCACUUACCUUUUGAAUUUCUCGCUCUUGGCAAUUCUCGUAUUCGCAAUGUCUAACCAAAACACGCCGCCCGCCUUUCACAUGCCCUCGGCCGAGGAGAUCCAGGCCAAAGUCGACGAGUGGACGCCCAAGCUGGUCGGCAAGUACAUCCACGACGACGUGCGCCAGGAGCCCAACGACCUGUCCAGCAUCGCCGCCGACAUGGUCGUCAAGGUCUCGGAGCUACCUGCACCCGUACGCGUGAUCCGGCCUGGGAUGCCGGUGACCAGGGACUUCCGCCCGUCGCGACUCAACGUCAGCGUCGACGGCUCGGGGCUCAUCAAGGCGGUCACCUUCCACUAGUCGAGCAUUUUGAUAACCCCUAAACCUAGAUGCUUUUCGUUUGUAAAUGGGAUGUGCGGCUGCAUUUUCGAGUCAGGAGUUGAGAAUGAUGGUGUGCGAGG